UUUCAUCUAUGGGUCAAUGCAGUAUGCGGUAUUUCCCAUCAUGACUCGGUGGAAAAUAACGGGUGUGGUUCACAUCCAAACAAAAACGAAAGUAACAGUAAGUCUUAGACCCAAAGGAACAGGAUUCUGAUUUAAAAUGGGGAAGGUUUUCUGUUUGGUUCACCUGAUUCUCCACAGCGUUCUGGAAUCUCAGUCAGAGCACUUACAGGUUGUUGGUCCAGAAGCUCCUCUUGUUGCUGUAGCUGGUCAAGAUUUGGUUCUGCCCUGUUUUAUCACACCCAGCACCAGUGCUGUAGACAUGACAGUGGAGUGGUUAAGACUGAAUAAAGUGGUUUCAUUAGUGCACCUCUAUAAGGAUCACAAAGACAGACAUGGAGAUCAGGAUCAGUGCUACAGAAGAAGAACAUCACUGUUUAAAGAAGAGCUACAGAAAGGCAACACUUCACUUAAACUCUCAGCUCUCAGAGUCUCUGAUGAAGGAGCAUAUAAAUGUUUAAUUGAGAAUAAAUCCUGGUAUGAUGACAUCACCGUUCACAUCAUUGUUGAGGCUUCUGGAAGCCACCCAGUGUUAAUGAUCGAGAGUUUUGAUACUUCAGGAGGGAUUAAUCUGCUGUGUGAGUCCAGAGGCUGGAAUCCUGAACCUGAGGUUCUGUGGCUGGACAGAGAAGGAGUCACUCUGCCUGCUGAAGAAACACUGAUAUACAGAGACACAGAGGGCUUCAGUGUAAAACGGCAAAUCACAGUUCAUGAUUAUCUUGACUACAACAGAUUUUACUGCAAAAUUCAACAAAAACACCACCUGAUGGAGACAGAGGUUAUCGUUAAUAGUAAAGUAUUUUCUGCUUGGAAGUGGAUUGUUGGCAUUUCAGUUUCAGCAUGCCUUCUUGCUGUCGGAUUGAUAAUAACUGCAGCUAUCUGUUACGAGAAAGACUCAGAGCUUCAAAAGGAGAAGAAAUACACAGAGUUUAUAAAGAAGAUUUUGUUUGCAGUGGAUGUGACUCUGGAUCCUGAUACUGCUCAUCCAUAUCUUAUCCUGUCUGCUGAUGCAAAACAAGUGGCAGAUGAAGACAAGUGGCAGAAUCUUCCUGAUACACCACAGAGGUUUAAUAUGUAUUUAAAUGUUCUGGGAAAGCAGAGUUUCUCUUCAGGGAAAUUUUAUUAUGAGGUGCAGGUCAGAGGGAAAACUGCUUGGAUAUUAGGAGUCAUGAGAGAGAACAUUAACAGGAAGGGGAAGAUUACACUGACUCCUCAUAAUGGAUUCUGGACGGUGGCUCUAACGAAUGAUAAUCAAUACUGGGCUUAUGCUAAUACUGAUGUCCUCCUCACAUUGAGAGAGAAGGUGGAAAAGGUGGGGGUGUUUGUGGAUUAUGAGGAGGGUCUGGUAUCCUUUUAUGAUGUGAAUUCCAGCUCCCAUUUAUACUCUUUCACUGGUCAGUCUUUCACUGGGAAUCUCUAUCCAUUCUUCAGUCCUGGUGAUAAUGAUGAAGGUAAAAAUUCAGCACCACUGAUCAUCUAUCCAAAAAUGUUUACUUCUAGUUUUAAUUAUUUACAGUAGACUCUAAAAAAAAAAAACUAUUGGGGUUUGUAGCGUUCAUGAAAUUGUUUCCAUUCAAUUGCUUGAAAUGGGAUGGUUGCCUAAAAUAGAAGUGAUACCAAAAAAGAACCGAUGGAAGCAGCUCUUACUAUUUUGCGGGUUGUGCUGUAUUGUAUGUGAUAGCUAAGUGGUUAAGGCUUUGGGUUCCUGAUUGGAAGGUCAGGUUUUCAAACCCCAGCACUGCCAAGCUGCCACUGUUGGGUCCUUAAGCAACGCCCUUAACCCUGAACUGUUGACAAAGUCACACUUGUCUGAUGCUCAAAUUUUUGGUUUUAUGAUUCUGAUAUAGUGUUUUGCAAUAGCCAGGUUUUCACCUAUGUAUGCCUUUUCUGACAUCUUCAUUCCUAUUGCCCAGUCCCAUAGUACAUUUGAUUAUCUAGUUAUAAAUAAUCACUGUAUUGUAACCUAUGUAAAUAUAUAUAUAUAUCUGUUGCAAUCUGUUGUCAAAAACAUAUUCAAAUCCAACUUUAACAAUCUAGCUUGUCGUAGCCGCUAAAGAAUACAUGGAUGAGCAAUCAGGAUCACUCUCAAUGGAAGAUAUGAGAGGAUAAUAAUGAACAGGUGAGAGAACAUGGGAAGUAGGAAAUAUAAUCAGUAGGUGACCAACAUGAAGGAUAAGGAGGAGAUGGUAGAGUUGAUGCAGGUAUGCGAGAGUCGUCAUAAUCUUCAUUGUCAGUCUGUGUCUCCUGAUGAUAAACAGCAGGGAGGUCAGACGAGGUCUGUGUGCCCAUAUCACACAUAAAAGUAUGCUGCACAGUGCAAGGAGGCAGACAGGGGUUCUCUGGAACAACUGGGGUAGAGAGAUGUUCAAUAAAUUGAGCGAGGGAGAAGAGUUGAAACUGGCAUUUCUGUCUGCGGAGAAUGCUGCUAAGAGCUGUCCCAGAACAUCUGCGAGAUGAAGCUGAAUAAGAGAAACCAACAGAGAUACGAUAAAAAAAGGUAAAAAUAACAAUGACUAAACAUAGAAAUUAAUAUGUGCAUGUAGCAACAAAGUAACAAAUAUGUGUUAUCUUUAUGAGCACAAUACACUAUGUAACAUAGUCAGCUCGAAAGUACGUAUGACCUAGAUACUAACAUGACUAAGCAGAACAAUACAGUUAAGCAUAUAUUAAUAAACAAUCUAAGUAAAAAAAAAAUAGCUUGAUUCAAUUACAGUAGAAAAGCAAACAGCAUUAUAAAAGAGAAUAAAAGGUAACUGAAAAUAAAGGUAACUGAGGAAAACAGGAAGCUCAAAUAUGUAAAAUGUGUGUGUAAAAUGUGUGUGUGCUUGAUAAUUUUGAUGUGAUUUAGUGACCACCUUCUAUGAGCUCUAUUGGAACAAUUGGAACGUGACAGCAAUAAAGAAGUUUUGCUUUUAAUUAACCAAGACUGGCACCUGAGGCCUAUUUUAUUUCAUUGUAUUAUUAAGAGUGUUACAUUGGGAA